AUGUUGCUAAUAUUCAGAAUACUAUUAGUCAUAGACAGCUCAACAGUGCAGCUGCGUGAGGAGACGUACAAGCGAACUGGUUUACUGGAGCACAAGGAGGAUGAAGAAAAGAGAAAAGUAGGUCAUCAGGUUGCAGAAGACUAUGCGAACAACGGAAACGUGUUUGAAAACAUCAAUGAUUGA